AGCUUGACGGUCGUAGUGGAAGUCUGGACCUGGAGGCUCCGCUUCUCUCCGACUGUAGCAAGUUGCUGAUCGCUGGUGCCAACGCCCGGCGAUACAGACGGCUAACGUUAGCUAGCGGAGACACGGAGGGACAUUGCAGCUAACGUGCCAGCAGGAUCAGAAAGCACAGAGAUGCAGACUAUCAAAUGUGUGGUGGUGGGUGAUGGAGCAGUGGGAAAAACCUGCCUAUUGAUUUCAUACACCACCAACAAAUUCCCCUCUGAGUAUGUACCCACGGUUUUUGACAACUAUGCAGUAACUGUAAUGAUCGGGGGUGAACCAUACACCCUUGGGUUAUUUGACACAGCAGGUCAGGAGGACUACGACAGGUUACGACCACUAAGCUACCCCCAGACAGAUGUCUUCUUAGUGUGUUUCUCAGUUGUUUCACCUUCUUCAUUUGAGAAUGUUAAAGAAAAGUGGGUUCCUGAAAUAACUCACCACUGUCCCAAGACCCCGUUCCUCUUGGUAGGCACUCAGAUUGACCUGCGUGAUGACCCCUCCACAGUGGAGAAGCUAGCCAAGAACAAACAGAAGCCAAUCACCCCUGAGACGGCAGAAAAGCUGGCUCGAGACCUUAAGGCAGUCAAAUAUGUCGAGUGCUCAGCCCUAACACAGAAAGGAUUAAAGAAUGUGUUUGAUGAGGCAAUACUGGCUGCCCUGGAGCCUCCUGAACCUAAGAAAAGACGUAAAUGCGUUCUGCUCUAAGUUUCGUCGCAGCCUUCUCCACACCAGUUUCCAAAUCUAGGUUAGCAGUACUGAGAAGAGGUUUGUUGCACAAGCACAUUCCAGCGUGUGUUGAGAUAUUAUGAAAUGUUUGCAUUCUGACUGACUUUAACCUAAAUACAUAUUCAAUGUGUUGAACAUGACUUUACAAUUAACAUUUGAUGCUGUUUGAGAUGAUUCGAUGCCAUUGAAAAGGUCUCGCAUAAUGUGAACACAGAACUUUGAUCACAUUAUGAGUUCAUUUUACAGAAGUGCUAUUCCAGAAGAGAUGAUUAUGAAAUGGUAAUUUAAUAGAAUUCCUGUUUUAUUGAUUACUCUGUUAAACACAAACAAGCCGAUAAUGUUGGUUAGUGAGUUGCUUCACUUAUGUCGUAGUUUAUCCUACUUUUUUAUUUACUUUUCAAGUACUUCCCUUACAGUUGUUCGCUUAUACCAUAUGUUCAGCUCUCAUGUAUAAGACUGCAUGUGGUUGAAACUGAAUCGUCAUAGAACUCAUGUUAUUUUCCAGACAUUUAUAGAGCGACACACUUCUCAAAGGGUUAUAAAAGUUGGUGUAUUUUACUCCUUUUUUUUUUUUUUUACAUAAUUUCAUGUUCAAUGUCAACACAGCCUCCGGGCGGAUCUAAGAAAUAUUUGACGAAAUAUGACAUAUCUAGGCUAGGCUCGAUCGUACCUCUAGUUUGCCAAAACAUAACCUGAUAAAUUGACACGUGUCAAAGUAGAGAUCCGCAGGAGCUGACAAAGAAAUAGGAAAUGUAUGGAGUUUUAAAUUUAAUGUUAAUGCUCCAUCGGAAGUCACAGCCACUAUUAAUUAACAUGCAAGGAGCACAACCGUUUCCCAGUCAUUUAUUUUUUUGUGACAGAUGUGAGUUAACAAGAAGGUGAUGUGUGUCCUGAGUGCUUCUCAAAAGUUGCAGUAAGCCGAACUUUGGAGGAGCAAUUCCGCCUAUAACCCCAGGCUAAUGAACUAUUUUGUAAAACCGAACAUACUCGCUGCUGAAGUCAGAUAGUAACACGUUGUGACAGUUCUUAAAAAAUGCUAUACAUAGUCUGAAACCCUGUGAAGAUUUUUGAGUGACUGAACUAGCACUAUUUGCAUUUGUCUUUUGCUAUAACCAUGCCUGGAUGAUGGGCUUGAAUUUGAUCUGUAAAUAUAGUGAGUGUAACUCAUAACUUAUUGACUGAAUACAAUGUGUGGAUUACUUAUCCAGAGAUAUAGAGGAGCUGAGGCGACACUGAAAUCAAAACAACCAGGACGAUGUUGAGAGAAUGAGUUUCUUGGACUCUUUGGUUUUUAUUCAAAUUGACAUUAAAGUUGUACUGUAUCUUGCUUGUGAUAAAGCAUCACAAUAAACCAGUAUUAUGAAUAAACCUAACUUCAAAUACAA